GCGAGCAACCCUUUAUUGCGUCCGCUUGCGUGUCCUCUGCAAAAACGAAGGACCUGAUUCCGCCCAAGGACCUGCUGCCACCGUCCGCCGAAACGCAGCUCGACCUUGUGUCGUUCGACCGGGGCCGCCCCGGCACCGCAAGCACUGCAACGGCCAGCCUCGAGCUGCGGCCGGGAUUGGGGCUCGAGUACAGCGAUGGAGGCGCCGCUGGUGGGGCUGAUGAGCACGUCCGCGUGGAGAAGUUCCUGGACGGCAACAGGGACGAGACGGGCUUGCCCAAGUACCUGCCCGCUGCCAGUAGCAUCGCAAUGUCUUUUGAUGGGACGGAAGUGCGCAUGCCGAGGAGACGCAGGAUGAAAGGCUGGAAGGUGAGCGCCUCAGAACCGAUAUCUAGAGAUCUUGUUCUGACCCUGCUUUCUUAUUUGAUGUGGACAGCUGCCGCCUAUGCGCUACGGCAACGACAGAGCCGAGCUGCUCGCACGGCCCAUCCAUCAGAUGAUCGACUCGAUUCGCAUGGAACAAGGAAUGGCAGCUGCGAUCCGCGAGUCUAAUGUAUCUGUUGAGCGCAGCCGUCGUGGGUGGGACAUCGAUGUCGAUACCGAUGCCGACGCGGCGGACCGCGUCCUCAGCGAUCAAGCGCGCGAAACGGAGGAUCGCAGCCAGCCUGCCGAAAGCGACCGAGAGCAGAUGUGGGUCGACAAGUACCGGCCGCGCAAGUUUCCAGAGCUGCUCGGAGACGAACGCGUGCAUCGUGAAGUCAUGGGCUGGAUCAAGGAAUGGGAUCAGUGCGUCUUUAAGCGCCGGCCAAGCAAAAAGCGCCUGCGCAAUUCGUACUAUCCGAACAAGUACGGUGGUGGCGACAAGCCAAUGCAUGGUCACGGUCCGAGCGCACCGGGCGACGGCGAACAAUUUACCUAUCGCGAUGCGUACGGCCGGCCGCAGGAGAAAAUCCUGCUGGUCUCCGGUCCGCCGGGUCUGGGCAAGACGACGCUUGCGCACGUUAUCGCUCAGCAGGCCGGGUACGGCGUGUUUGAGAUGAACGCUAGCGAUGCGAGGAAUGCAGGCGCGGUCGAGGACCAGAUCAAGAUGGCGCUGGAGAGCGCCAGCCUCAAGGACGCGCGCCCGACACUGGUCGUCAUUGAUGAGAUCGAUGGCGCCACCGGAGGCGGCGGCGGAACAGAAGACGGGGAUAGAUCCAAGGGAGCAGGGGGUGGUGGCUUUAUCAGGGCACUCAUCAAGCUUGUCCAGAAUGGCAUGUCAUCAGGCAAAGGAAAGGGGAAAGGCAAAGGCAAGAAGGGACGGGCGAAGCCUCUUUUGCGACCCAUCAUCUGCAUUUGCAACGACCUCUACGCGACUUCAUUACGUCCGCUGCGCCCCCUUGCCAAGCUCGUGCGGCUACAAAAGCCGCCGACGGCUCUGCUCGUCAAUCGGCUGCGACAGGUGUGCGAGAAGGAGGCGCUGCAAGCGGACACGCGCUCCUUGACGCUGCUCGCAGAGCUGACUGGUGGCGACAUCCGCUCGUGUCUGAACGCGCUACAGUUCGCCAAGACCAAGUCCAACUCGCUGGCCGAGGUGGACGUGCGCUCUGCCGCGCUCGACAUCAAGGACGGCAGCUCGUCGGUCCAGCGCGUGUGGAGCGUGAUGCUCAAGGUGCCCGAUCCCAAGCAGCGCGCGCGAGGCGGCGCGCCCAAGGACGCGUUCGAGGCGACGCAGGUGAUCGUGCACGAGGCGCAGCUGUGCGCGGAGUACGACAAGAUCGCACAAGGCUGUUUUGAGCUGUAUCCUUUGCUUACGCGGCUCAAGGACGACGGCUGGCAUCGCUAUCACAAGAUCCACGAUUGGCUCCACUUUGGCAACUGCAUCAACGAGUCCGUGUACACGCUGGGCACAUUCGAGCUUAUGGGCUACGCACCGUGGACUUUUGUGCCGUGGCACUUUCUCUUCGCCAGCACACACAACCUCACGCCCGAGUAUCCCAAGGCAGAUUACGAGGCGUACCUUCGCAAGACAGCAUUCCAGGAUAUCGUCGGCACUCUGCAUGCAGCGCUGCCGCCGAGCACGCGUGGCCAGUUCAACUCGACCUCGCUCGUCACUGAGCUGGGCCCAAUGCUCAUGCGCAUCCUCUCGCCAAACUUGAGGCUCGUCAACGCGCAAGUGGUCAAGCCAGAAGAGCGCAAGAUCGUAGAAGCGCUGGUACGCAUUAUGGUUUCGCUGGACCUUCGAUUCGUACAGUCCCGGACAGAGGACGGGCAGCUAGUGUACAAGAUUGAGCCUCCACUGGACGCUUUUAUUGAGUACGAGGAGAGCUCGGUGAUGACGACCGUGCCAAAGCCCGCACCUGCGGCAGCGGGUACCGCGAACAAGUUCGGCAUUCGUCAGAUGCUUGCCAAAGAGGUGGAAGCGGCACUGGUACGUCUUAAGAGCGGCGGCACGAUAGAGAAAGGCGGCGAUGAGGAAAGCAGGUCCGCCAGCGGUGCCAUGGCCGCUUACCGCAAGCCGUCAUCAACAUUGUCAGUAGCAUCAUUGUCGAAAAGUGCACUGAAAGACGAGCCCAAGCCGGAGAAGCUCGCCAUCGACUUUUUCGGGCGGCCGGUCGUCAAGAAGCCGUCGCUGAAGCUCGGCAACGCGCCGCUACCGCUGCUGCUGGGUUCGAGGGCGGCUUUGGCAGCAGCCGCAGCGACCGCGGGUGAUAAGGGCGAUGCUUUGAGGAACGCAGCAGGAAAACAAACGGAAGACGAAGGGGACAAUGGCGAGGAGGAGACGAAGGAGACGAAGCGUCUCAAAGUGUUUUAUCGCUACCACGAGGGCUACUCGAAUGCCGUGCGGCGGCCAGUGAAGCUUUGCGAGCUGCUGUAGUACAGACGCGUCGAACAUGACCUUGCCAUUGCUG